GUGUCCUCCGCCCCACAUGCUUCCUGGGACUUAUAUCGGCUUUUUAUUAAUUAAGUGCUGCAGCCACAUGACUCCACUAACUACCAGCGCCCCGUGCCCGAGGCCGCCGCCAUGGCCGGGGCGCAGGGCUGCGGCGAGGGCAAGAUCGCGGGGCUGUACGACCUGGAGCGCACGCUGGGCAAGGGCCACUUCGCCGUGGUGAAGCUGGCCCGGCACGUCUUCACCGGGCAGCGCGUGGCCGUCAAGGUGAUCGACAAGAGCAAGCUGGCGGGGGAGGCGGCGGGGCAGCUCCUGCAGGAGGUGCGCUGCAUGAAGCUGGUCCAGCACCCCAACGUGGUGCGCCUCUACGAGGUCAUCGACACCCACGCCAAGCUCUACCUGAUCCUGGAGCUGGGCGACGGCGGGGACAUGUUCGACCACAUCAUGCGGCACGAGGGCGGCCUGGCCGAGCCGCGCGCCAAGCACUACUUCGCCCAGAUCGUCCACGCCAUCUCCUACUGCCACAAGCUGCACGUGGUGCACCGCGACCUCAAGCCCGAGAACGUGGUCUUCUUCCAGGAGCAGGGGGUGGUCAAGCUCACCGACUUUGGCUUCAGCAACCGCUUCCAGCCCGGCAAGAUGCUCACCACCAGCUGCGGCUCCCUGGCCUACUCGGCGCCGGAGAUCCUGCUGGGGGACGAGUACGACGCCCCGGCUGUCGACAUCUGGAGCCUGGGGGUCAUCCUCUACAUGCUGGUGUGCGGCCACCCCCCCUUCCAGGAGGCCAACGACAGCGAGACCCUCACCAUGAUCAUGGACUGCCGCUACACCGUCCCCCCGCACGUCUCGGCCCAGUGCGCUGAUCUCAUCUCCAGGAUGCUGCAGCGGGACCCGAAGCAGCGAGCGUCCCUGGAGCAGAUCGAGGGCCACUCGUGGCUGCAGGGGGUGGACCCGUCCCCCGCCAGCCGCUCCCUGCUGCCCCUCACCUCCCACAAGCGCGUGUCCCAGGAGGAGCACGAGAUCAUCCUGCAGGCCAUGGUGUGCGGGAACAUCGCGGAUCGGGACACCAUCCAGGAGGCGCUGGAAGCUGAUCGCUACAACCACAUCACGGCCACCUAUUUCCUGCUGGCGGAGAGGAUGCUGCGGGAGAAGCGGGAGAAGCAGGGCCACCGCCUCAGCCUCGUCUACAACCUGGCCAAGGAGGUGCAGAGCAGGACCAACUUAUCGGACACGUUUGGCUCCGGGGGCGGUGCCGGCAGCCUCCUGCCCUUCACCGAGCCCGGGGGGUCCCGGCUGCCCCCCGGAGGGGACAUGGGUGGCCGGCAGCCCACCGGGACCCUGCUGAAGGUCCCUGCCGUCGACACCACCAUCACCAAGAGCACCCCGGCCCUGCAGCAGAUCUGCGAGGAGGAGGAGGAGGACGAGGAGGAUGAGGAGGGGAGGCCCAGCGCCAUGGAGAGGAAGAGCAGCUCUCUGAACCAGGAGCAGAUGAGAGCCUUCCUGCGCGCCCACCGCCCGCCCGGCCGCGGGGAGGUCUGGGGGGGGCCGGGGGCUGAGCUGGGGGGCCGGGCCGGGCGCUCGGGGGCAGCCUGGGCUGGGAAGGCGGCGAGCGGGGGCCGGGGGCUCCUGGGCCUGCGGGGGCGUGGAGCUGAGCCCCCGAGCAGGGAGGAGGACACACAGCCCGGGGGCUCCUCGGCAGAGUCCCCCCAGGAAAGGGGAGCCGCCCUGUCACCCCAGAGCAGCUCUGCUGGCGCAGCCCAGGUGCUGGGGGCAGACACGACCCCUGCCUCCCUCUCGAGCCCCACGGACACGUCCCCAGGGCAGGGGGCUCCCACCAGCCCCGCCCAGCAGUCGGUGGAGAGCUCAGGCACCGACGGGGGCGCGGAGAGUGUGAUCAAGCUGGACCCGGGCAAGGGCAAGGGGGGCAGCCUGCGGGACAGGCUCCUGCAGAUCCCGCUCUGCGAGAAAGCCCUGGCCUUCAAACUGCGGCCGGGCUCCAAGGAGAGCCUCCUCUCGCUGGGGCAGUUCAACUGCUGUCACGUCAUUUAAGGCCCCAGGGUGAGGGACUGGCCCCGCUGCGGGGUCUGGG